AUGUGCGCGCGUGUUGACUCACGUGCUUCUCUGCGCGCAAGGCUGUGGAGGUCUGGCUUCUUGAAAUUGUUGUACUUUAGCUGGUCACGUCGUAUGGAAAAGCGACUUGUCAUGACUAGCCACCAGCCCCUCCAUCCAGGACCCUCACUACUGAUUGCUUUGGACACGAUCUCCUGCCCUCAAGGCGGCUGUGUGCCUGAGUUCAGUCGCCUCAGCGAUCGAUUGCACUCCCACUCCCCCCUGCCAUCGCCUCUGGGCCCCGAGAGGUGUGUCGGGGUUGACUGGGGCCAAGCGUCGGAAAACGCGAUGCAGUCGGUCUCUGGCAUGCCGUGCGCGUGUGUCGAAACAACAGGCGCACCGAACGGAGGUAAAUACGUAGAUAUCACCCACGUCUGCAUCUGCCGCUACCUGUCUUUUCUACUCUUAAUUCGUUCUGACUCUCGAAAAUCACGAAAGAGAAUUCAUGGAUUCAAACCCCAACACGGCGCAGCACAGACGACUCACAUUCGAUCGAGCACUUUGCCAGCCAACGUGGCCACGGCGGUGGAGGCGUUGGCAAGGCAUGAGGUCACGGGUGCUCGUCUGCUGUGGGCAACUACGAAGGCACGGCGUGACGCUGAGAGUCGCGGCCUUGUGCUAAAGACGCGACAAAACGUGGCAGAUUCUUUGACGAAGGCCACUGGGAUCUCGGUGGGACGGUUAGUGAAGACAAUGGAUGCAGACGAGUUCGCCUUACCAAUCCGGGCGCCCUCUUCACCCCCACAAGACUUGCGAGAUGACAAUUUUGCGAGUAGUGAGGGGAGAGACGAGGCGGGUGCGAUCAGCCACAAAAUUGUCAUGGCGACACUCGCGAAAUGCGCGCCUGACUGCUUGGGCGGGUGGGGCGAGGUGAGACCUAGCCGACGUCACACCACCACCACCGCCCAAUGGAUAGCAGGGUACUUAAGUGCUCACGCCAACCACCCCCAAUCAAUUAAACCUCACAAUGAACUCGGUGAUAAGAUCACCACAUGCGCGGACACGCUGCAGCCGGGUGGCCCUCGUGACUUUAAAAUGGGCCGCGAGGACGAUGGCCGGUUCUGCCUGCCUCAGGGCCCGUCCGCUCUUUUCAUCUUUUCCGCCACCUCCUCGUGCUUUUGCGCUCCCGACCCCGAUCAAGAGGCCCUACGCAUCCUACGUUCUCUAUUUCGUCGCUUGGUUUGGAAUUCAACUGCUGCGUUGAGAAAUGCUACCCAUCCACGCGUCAUUCGGGCAUCAAUCCCGUUCCACCAGCACAAACCAAACACCCACACUUUGGCUGCAGCCAAUCGGGAUCCGAGUUUUCUAUUCAUUCGUGUCGAACCCUCUGUUACUAGCCGCUUUAACCAGAUGGCCGUUGAACUCUCCUUUUAA